AUGCCGCUCCAAAUGAAAAGUUCUCGCAAAAGUACUGGGGGAAAGGCCCCACGCGAAAAACUCCCGCCACUUCCGUACGGCGCCAAGAAGGCUCAGCUUUGUGGGGCGACUUCGAAAGCUGAGUUGGCUCCGUUGACAGACUUUCCCAUUGAUUCACUGGGAACAACUAGUGCCAACCAUGCCGACUCGGUUUGUGAUGAGCCUUAA